AUGGCUGUGUUGAGGGCAGAAUGCGUUGUGUUUCUAAUCACCCUCUUAUCUAAGGGUACCCACUCACAGUUAGAUGUGUGUGGUCAGCCCCCCCUCAACAUGAGGAUAGUUGGGGGUCAGGACGCCCCUGCUGGUGCCUGGCCCUGGCAGGUCAGCUUGCACACAUCUGGCAACCAUUUCUGUGGCGGCUCCUUAAUCAACAAAGACUGGGUGCUGUCAGCGGCUCAUUGCUUUCAAAGCAUUACAGCUUCACAGGUGACUGUCUUCCUGGGUCGUCAGAGUCAGCAGGGAUCCAACCCAAAUGAGGUGUCAAGAACAGUCUCUCAGAUCAUCAGUCACCCCAACUAUAACUCUGUCACCAGUAACAAUGACAUUGCUCUGCUGCGUCUCUCCUCCUCUGUAACUUUCACUAACUACAUCAGACCAGUUUGUCUGGCUGCUGCAGGCAGCACCUUCUACAAGGGCACUGACAGCUGGGUCACGGGUUGGGGAAACAUUGCAGAAGGCGUCCCCCUUCCCUCACCUCAGACUUUGCAGGAAGUGGAAGUGCCAGUGGUGGGAAACAGAAAGUGUAACUGUCUGUAUGGUGAUGGCAGAAUCACAUACAACAUGAUCUGUGCUGGAUUAUUAGCAGGAGGCAAAGACUCCUGUCAGGGAGACUCAGGAGGACCAAUGGUGAGCAAACAGGGCUCUCGCUGGAUCCAAUCAGGCAUUGUGAGCUUUGGGAUAGGCUGUGCCCAAGCUAACUUCCCUGGAGUGUACGCCAGAGUGUCCAGGUACCAAGACUGGAUCAACUCUCAGAUCAGCACUGACCGGCCUGGCUUUGUCACAUUUACCUCCAGUGGUACUGAUGGGGAUUUGAGUGUGAUGUGCACUGAGAAGGAAGACUUUGUGGAGCUCCUAAACCUGACCGACAUGCCCUCCAUAGAGGAGGCAGGGCCAGAAGAUUCAGGAGGGUCAUCACCCAUCUCAGAGGUCACUGAGGCAAUGGCUGUGUUCAGGGCAGUAUGCAUUGUAUUUCUAAUCGCCCUGUUAUCUAAGGGUACCCACUCACAGUUAGAUGGUAAGUCCAAGAUGUGCGGUCAGCCCCCCCUCAACCCAAGAAUAGUGGGGGGUCAGGACGCCCCUCCUGGUGCCUGGCCCUGGCAGGUCAGCUUGCAUGUAUUUGGCAGGCAUUUCUGUGGUGGCUCCUUAAUCAACAAAGACUGGGUGCUGUCAGCGGCUCAUUGCUUUCAAAGCAUUACAGCUUCACAGGUGACCGUCUUCCUGGGUCGUCAGAGUCAGCAGGGAUCUAAUCCAAAUGAGGUGUCCAGAACUGUCCCUCAGAUCAUCAGUCACCCUGACUAUAGCUCUGUCACCAGUAGCAAUGACAUUGCUCUGCUGCGUCUCUCUUCCUCUGUAACUUUCAGUAACUACGUCAGACCAGUUUGUCUGGCUGCAGCAGGCAGCACCUUCUACAAUGGCACUGACAGCUGGGUCACAGGUUGGGGACGAACUGCAGAAGGCGGCCCCCUUCCCUCAACUUUACAGGAAGUGCAAGUGCCAGUAGUGGGAAACAGACAGUGUAACUGUCUCUAUGGUGUUGGCUCAAUCACAGACAACAUGCUCUGUGCUGGAUUAUUAGCAGGAGGCAAAGACUCCUGUCAGGGAGACUCAGGAGGACCAAUGGUGAGUAAACAGGGCUCUCGCUGGAUCCAAUCAGGCGUUGUGAGCUUUGGGAGAGGCUGUGCCAGACCUAACUUCCCUGGAGUGUACGCCAGAGUGUCCCAGUACCAAGACUGGAUCAACUCUCAGAUCACCACUGACCAGCCCGGCUUUGUCAGAUUUACCUCCAGUGGUACUGAUGGGGAUUUGAGUGUGAGCUGCAAUGGCCUGCGUCCUGUCACCACCACUACAACCCCUACCACUACAACUGCUACACCCCCUGUGGUUUGUGGCAGUGCCCCUCUGAACACUCUUCGUGUUGGGGGCAGUAGUUCUCUGGUGACUGGAGGCUUAUGGCCAUGGAUGGCCAGUCUGCACCGAGGAGGAAAACACGUAUGUGGGGGUACACUGAUCACUGAGCAGUUCGUCCUGAGCUCUGCUGACUGUUUCUCCAGCUCCACCAAUGCUUCAGAAUGGACCGUGUUCCUCGGCCGUCUCAAUCAAAAUGGUUCCAACCCUAACGAGGUCUCUCUGAGGGUGAACAACAUCACACUGAGUAACCUGACAGGCAACAACGUGGCUGUUCUGGAGCUGGCCAGCAAACCCACACUCUCAGACUUCAUACAGCCCAUCUGUGUGGACCUGGGAACAGAGACCUUCUCCACAGGAACACAGUGCUGGAUUGUGGGCUGGGGCUCAGGACAAGGAGGAGUUGAACAAACCCUUCAGCAGGUCCAGACUUCUGUGGUAGAUUGUGGGAAUGCAUCCUCCACAGAGAAUAUUUGCACUGGUUUGGUGGAUUUACAGCAGGGUGAUGCUGGUGGCCCUUUGAUGUGUAAACAGGGUGUGGCAUGGUUCCAGGCUGCAGUUUUGACUGUCGCUAACAGCACCUCAAACAGCAGCAGUAGCAGUAACAGUACAAGUCGCUCAAAUGUUGCUCCUCGUGCAGACAUCCAGGUCUUCACCAGAACCUCUCGCUAUAACAGCUUUCUGGACAACACUGUGGGCAGCUUCCCUCCACGACCCUCAACUACCACAACCGUAGCAGCUACCACUUCAGAAUAA